ACAUCUGAUAUUAAUGAAGAACUGUAUUGGUUUAUAUCUACUGUAGUUAAGGAGAAACAAAGAAAGCUGUAAUGGAUCAUAACCUAUUUGGUGGGGCCCCACGAUUUCUAACUCGACCUAAGGCCUUCUCACUGAUUGUGGGACGAGAUGCCUCACUGAGCUGUACUAUCGUGGGAAACCCUGUACCUGCUGUUACCUGGGAGAAAGACAAACUUCCUCUUUCUGCAGGGGGACGUUUCAAAACAGUUGAGGAUGGCGACGUUUACCGACUCACCAUCUAUGAUGUAACUCUAGAAGACAGCGGUCAGUACAUGUGUCGUGCCAAGAACAAUGUUGGAGAGGCAUAUGCAGCUGUGACACUGAAGGUGGGGUUGCCACCAGCUGUGGUAGACCGUGCCCCAGUGUUUACAGUGAAACUUGUCUCCACCCGUGUGGGUCUUGGGGGUGACGUUACCCUCUAUGGACGUGUGGCAGCCCAUCCAGCACCCAAAUUUGACUGGGAAAAAGAUGGCCGCUACCUGGGUGAGACCAACCGCAUCAAGAUUACCUCGGACACCGAAUCAAGCUCCUUGAGGAUCCAGAGCAUUAGGAGCAUGGACAGUGGCACGUACACCUGCCGUGCGCAGAACUCCAUUGGUCGAGCUCAGUCCACUGCAGCUCUGGUGGUGGACCUUCAAGACACUCGUCUACUCAAUGCGGACAAGAGCACCUCCCUCCUUUCACACAUGCAAAAGCGAAAAGAAGAAAUGAGGAAGGACAUCUCUUUCUAUGGAAACAUAGAAAGCUCCUCCACCUCACUUAAAACCUCAUCCUCCAAGAUCACAGAAGAACUCGGCAGCUUUGGGCUUGCCUUGGAUCAGGAACAGAGGGCUUCAGCCUUAGCGAGCAUGUUGCCCAAAGGUGUGUUUACCCGCACGUGUACAGUGACAGAGGGUAAACAUGCAAAGCUUAGCUGUUUCGUCACAGGCCACCCAAAACCACAGAUCAUCUGGAGAAAAGAUGGGGUCAACAUCAGCGAGGGUCGCAGACACGUUAUGUAUGAGGACCAAGCAGAGAAUUUCAUCCUCAAGGUGCUUUACUGUAAGCAGAGUGAUAAUGGCCUGUACACCUGCAAUGCAUCCAACAUGGCUGGACAAACCUACAGUGCUGUGCUAGUGAUUGUCAAAGAGCCAAAAAUUCCAUUCAAGAGGAAGCUGCAGGAUGUCGAGGUGAAGGAAAAGGAAACAGCAACUCUGCAGUGUGAGGUGCCCGUGUCGAACACCGAGGCCAGCUGGUACAUGGAGGAGACCCGUCUGGAGGAAAGUAUCAAGUACCGCAUGGAUGAGCAGGGUACCCUGCGCCGCCUCACUAUUCACAAUGUCACCACCAAUGACGAUGCCGUCUACAUCUGCGAGAUGAAGGAAGGCAGCCGCACUGUGGCAGAACUUACAGUACUGGGCAACAUCACUAAAAAGCUGCCUAGGAGGACAGUGGUGCCGGUUAGCGAUACUGUGAUCUUCUGUGUGGAACUGGAGCAACCAGUAAAUGAUGCUUACUGGACAAGGAAUGGGGAGAGGCUAAAGGAGGAAUCCCGGAUUAUCAUCGGCCACAUAAACAGACAGUAUACCCUCACUAUUCGAGAAUGUACUUCCGAGGACUCGGGCGAAGUGGCCUUCAUCGCUGGUGACUGCAAGACCUCGACUCGCUUCUCUGUCACUGCUCCAAGGAAACAUCCCCCAGAUCCCCCAGUUGAGCCAACGGUGCGGAACAAGACAGAGUCCUCGAUCACACUGUGCUGGUCACCGCCAGACAGUGAGCGCCCUGUGCCCAUCACCGGCUACAUUGUUGAACGUAGGAAGGUGGGAGCUCAAACCUGGGUGAAAGUCACUAGUACAACUGUAUCUAGCACCGAAUACACCAUCAGUGACAUCCCUGAGGAGGCGAGCUACCAGUUCCAUAUCUCAGCGGUCAAUGAUUUUGGUCAGAGUGCGUACUUGGAGAUCCCUGGAACGUUCUACCUUGAGCCCACAGCUUCAAUGAAGACAGGCCUGGUGAGCUGCAGUGCACAUGCUGGUGAAGAAGCCACCUUCAUUGUGGAGCUCUCAGCUGUAUGCUCGGGCUCCUGGACUAUAAAUGACCGAAUGAUCCGUAGUGGAUCUGAAUACCUGAUCACGCGGUCAAAGACCACACACACGCUGGUCAUCAGGGAGGUGUCCAUGGCGCUGGAUGGGGCACAGGUCAAGUUUGUGGGUGGUGGAUCUCAGAGUGUUUGCACGCUCAGUGUGAAGGCCGCUCUUGCACGUUUCACCAGUAAGUCUUCUCAGGUGGAGGUAUUUACCUUCAGCGCACAUUCCUCUGCACAGAUACAUACUGAAGUGUCUGACCCAAGUGUCCAGGUGGUCUGGAUGAAGAACGGGAAGGAACUGAGAAUGGGUAAAAAAUAUGAAGCAACAAGUGUGGAACGCAAACGCAUACUUACAGUCCACAACGUUACCCAUGAGGACGUCGGCAUCUAUGAGUGCACGUGUGACGGCGAUAAAAUGUCUUUUCAACUUGCCCUUAAAGAAGAACCAGCUAAGUUUGUUAGUAAGCCACGGGCUCAGCCCCAGGAGAAUGAUGCUCUGAUGGGUGACGUGGUGUUGAGCUGUGAAGUCGCUUCUCCUGGAACCACUGUCGUGUGGAAGAAAGAACAGAUAGAAAUAACAGAGGACAAGAGGACAACCUUUGUGUCUCAGGGGACACAAAGGAAGCUGGUCAUCAAGGGUGCCAAGCGGAGCGAUGAAGGACACUACUCGUGUGAGACGGCAGAGGACAAGGUGACAUUCCUGGUCAAGAUAAAAGAAACUCAGGUUAUUUUCACAAACAAAGACUCCUAUCAGAAGGAAGUGAAGGUUUCCACUUCCCAGAAAGCCACAUUGAGCUGCGAAGUUUCUGACUCCAAGACUGAAGUAAAAUGGUUCAAGGAUGGCAAGCAGCUGAGCUCCAGUAAGAAUGUCCACAUGGAGUCAAAGGGCAAGAGCCGUCAGCUGGUAUUGGAGAAGGUGGAGAAGAUGGAUGCUGGAGAAUACAUCUGUGAAGUCGGAAAUGAUAAGCUGCUCUUUAAAAUUCAGGUGGAAGACAUUCAAGCUGGCUUCACCAACAAGGAUUCUUAUCAGAAGGAAGUCAAAGUAUCAGCUUCUCAGAAAGCCACACUGAGCUGCGAAGUUUCUGAUGCCAAAACUGAGGUGAAAUGGUUCAAGGAUGGCAAGCAGCUGAUCUCCAGUAAGAGUGUCCACAUGGAGUCAAAGGGCAAGAGCCGUCAGCUGGUGCUGGAGAAUGUGGAGAAGAAGGAUGCUGGAGAAUACACCUGUGAAGCAGGAAAUGAGAAACUGGUCUUUAAGAUUCAAGUAGCAGAAACUCAAGCUGCCUUCACCAACAAGGACUCUUAUCAGAAGGAAGUCAAAGUAUCAGCUUCCCAGAAAGCCACACUGAGCUGUGAAGUUUCUGAUGCCAAAACUGAGGUGAAAUGGUUCAAGGAUGGCAAGCAGCUGAUCUCCAGUAAGAGUGUCCACAUGGAGUCAAAGGGGAAGAACCGUCAGCUGGUGUUGGAGAAUGUGGAGAAGAAGGAUACUGGAGAAUACACCUGUGAAGCUGGAAAUGAGAAACUGGUCUUUAAAAUUCAGGUAGCAGAAACUCAAGCUGCCUUCACCAACAAGGACUCUUAUCAGAAGGAAAUCAAAGUAUCAGCUUCACAGAAAGCCACACUGAGCUGCGAAGUUUCUGAUGCCAAAACUGAGGUGAAAUGGUUCAAGGAUGGCAAGCAGCUGAUCUCCAGUAAGAGUGUCCACAUGGAGUCAAAGGGGAAGAACCGUCAGCUGGUGUUGGAGAAUGUGGAGAAGAAGGAUACUGGAGAAUACACCUGUGAAGCUGGAAAUGAGAAACUGGUCUUUAAGAUUCAGGUAGCAGAAACUCAAGCUGCCUUCACCAACAACGACUCUUAUCAGAAGGAAGUCAAAGUAUCAGCUUCCCAGAAAGCCACACUGAGCUGUGAAGUUUCUGAUGCCAAAACUGAGGUGAAAUGGUUCAAGGACGGCAAGCAGUUGAUCUCCAGUAAGAGUAUCCACAUGGAGUCAAAGGGCAAGAACCGUCAGCUGGUGCUGGAGAAUGUGGAGAAGAAGGAUGUUGGAGAAUACACCUGUGAAGCUGGAAAUGAGAAACUGGUCUUCAAGAUUCAGGUGACAGAUGUUGCUGCCAAAUUCCAGAAGACAUCAUUGACCAAAGAAACUGUGGUGGUUGAGACAACAGAGAAAGUAAUUUUGAAAACCGAGGUGACUUCAGAGAGUUGUAAUGUUAAGUGGUUCAGGGAUGGAGUGGAACUGAAAGAAGGAUUCAAGUAUGAGAUGAAACAGGAAGGUCGCUCACGUGUCCUUGUCGUGAAGUCCUCCGAUUCCAAAGACACUGGCACUUACUCCUGCCAGACGGCUGAAGACAAGGUUGAGUUUAAGGUUCAAGUCAAAGAAGCACCUUUGAAAUUUGUGGUGCCAUUGCAGCCAGUGUCUGCAGUAUUAGAGAGCACCAUGACCCUUUCCUGCAGUCUCAACAAAGCCACCAGUAACGUCCUUUGGAAGCAUAAUGGUAAGGAAAUCAAACUUGGUGGCAGAUACAGCAUCCGGACCGAUGGCACCAGCUGCAUCUUGACUGUGUCUGCUGUGGCUCAGGAGGAUGAAGGGGAGUACAGCUGUGAAUGCAAAGAUGACAAGACCUCCACCAAAGUCACCACUAAAGCCCCACGUCUGGUGAGGUUCACUUCCAAACUGAACAAUGUUGUUGCAAACGAAGGCAAAGAUGCCAUCUUCAAAUGCUCCAUUACUCCAAACGAUGUAAAUGUCAGAUGGCUACGUAAUGAUGGUCCCAUAACAGCCAGUCCCAAAUUUAAGAUCGCUCACGGUGGAAGUAGCCACUCCCUUACCAUCACAGCGGUCACUCAAGAGGAUGCAGGAGAGAUCAGUAUCGAUGCUGAAGGGAAAGUGUGCAAAGCCACACUGCAAGUACAACAACUUCCUGUAACCUUCAAGAAGAAGCUUGCAGAUAUGACUGUGCAAGAGAAGGACACAGUUAUUUUGGAAGUUGAGCUCAGCAAACCUUCAUCAGAUGUGAAAUGGAUGAAGAACGGUGUGGUACUACAGCCAGGAGGAAACCUGGAGUUCCAAGUGGACGGUGCCAAGCACACUCUGGUCCUGAACAGUGUGGCAUAUGGUGACAGAGGCUACUACUCCUGUGAAACCCUGGAUGACAAGACCCAGACCAAACUGACAGUUGAGAUUAAGAAAGUCCAGGUGGUAAAAGGCCUUAAAGAGAUUAAAGUACAAGAAAAGGAGACCGUCACUAUGGAGGUGGAGCUCAGUAAGACUGACGUAGAAGGUUCCUGGAGUAAAGAUGGCAAGAAACUGAAAGCAGGACCAACUAUCCUCAUUACAGCACUGGGAAAUAAGCAUUGCUUGACUAUGAACCAGUUGAAGAUAAGUGAUGGUGGAACUAUAACUUUUCAGGCUGAUGAUGUCCAUACAACUGGCAAACUCAUUGUUACAGAGCCUGCUGUGAAGAUCCUAAAACCUCUACAAGAUAUUAGCACUCCUGAAAAGGAGAAAGUCACUUUUGAAUGCGAGGUGUCAAGAGCAAAUGCUGAUGUCAAGUGGUUUAAGGAUGGUGAGGAGCUGAAACCAGGAAAGAAAUUUGGCAUCCAUUCCCAGGGAAACAAGCGCAGCCUCCUCAUCCACAAGUGUGCCUUUGAGGACCAGGGCCAGUUUAUGUGCAGAACAACAGAUGACAACACGUCAGCCAAGCUCACUGUUCAUGCCCGAGAUAUUAAGAUUGUGAAGGCUCUUCAGGACGUAGAGGUGACAGAGAAGGAGAGUGCAGCAUUUGUCUGUGAGGUCUCUCACGAUGAAGUAGAGGCUCAGUGGCACAAAGGGGAUAUCAAGCUCAGAGCCGGAGACAACAUCAAGUUGAGGCAGGAGGGAAGAACAUACGUUUUGCUCUUCAAAUUAGUGAAGGCUGAGGAUGCAGGUGAAGUCAAGUUCACGGCUGAGAAGGCGACAUCAACUGCUAAACUAAAGGUUAAAGAGCUACCUGUCAAAUUUGUGAAGAAACUGAGAGACAAAAUCGCCAUGUACAAACACCGUGCGCACUUAGAAUGUCAGGUGUCACGGGCCAGUGCUAAAGUCACAUGGUACAAGAACAAGACAGAGAUCAAACCCAGCGAGAAGCAUGAGAUCACCAGUGAGGACAUCUACAGGAAGCUCACCAUAACUGACGUGGACUCUGACGAUGAGGACACAUACUUGUGUGACGCCAUUGAUGAUAAGACAUCAUGUCAACUACUAGUAGAGGAACAAGCUAUCAGUAUAGUUCGGGAGCUGAGUUCUGUGGAGGUUACAGAGCCAUUUGCUGCUCACUUUGAAGUUGAAGUCAGCAUGGAGACAGUCAAGCCAGUGAAGUGGACUCUGAAUGGGGAACAGCUGAAAGAGAGUGCAGAUAUCGAGAUGGAGAAAGAGGGGACCAUGCACCGCCUCACAUUUAAGAAAACCAAGGCCUCAAUGUCAGGCCCUGUACAAUUCACUGCUGGAAAGAGCAAAUCUACUGCUGAACUUAAAGUGAAAGAGCGUCCAAUUGAAGUACUAGAGCCACUGAAGGAUGUCACAGCCAAGGAGAAGACCUCCACCACACUGUGCUGCAAGUUCUCCACCCCACCAAAAGAAGUGCACUGGUUUAAGGGUCAAACUGCUUUGGAGGCUUCUAGCAAGUACAGCAUGAAGCAAAAGGACGUCAGCGUGCAGCUGACCAUCCAGGCUCUAAGCACAGAGGACUCUGGGGAGUAUCGCUGUCAGGUUGGAGUCUGUGAAAGCAAAGCCAGCCUCAAAGUAGAAGUACGUAAAAUACAGAUCACCAAACAUCUGGCAGAUGUGGAGGUAGAUGAAGACGGCAAUGCUUUGUUCACUUGUGAGGUUAACUAUGCUGAUGAAGAGGUCCAGUGGAUGCUCAAUGACAAGCCGCUCUUCAACAAUGAGGUCAAUGCCAUCACCCAUGUGGAUAAGACCCAUACCCUCACCCUCAAGAAUUUGGCACCUGAGGAUGGUGGGAAGGUUUCGUUCAGCAUUAGAGAUGUGAAAGAAACAGUCUGCUUGAAGGUCAAAGAGAAGAAGGCUGUUUUCCUGAAGUUGCUAGAUGAUAUGGUCGCAGAGGAGAAAAGUACAAUUACCCUAAAAAGUGAAGCCUCAAAGCCCAGGGUGGCUCCUGUGUGGCGCAAAGAUGGUACUGUCCUGGCAGCAGGCAAAAAGUAUGAGCUCCUCCAUGACGGAAAGUCCUUGGGACUGACUAUCCAUGACAUCACUCAAGCUGACGCUGGGGAGUACAGCUGCGAUCUUGGCACAGACCUUGCCAAGUCCAAGGUCACUGUUAGAGACAUCCACAUUGGAAUCACCAAGCGUCUUAAGUCUGUAGAAACCAAGGCAGGUGAAAACUGCACAUUUGAGUGUAUCCUGUCCCGGGAAAGCUCAGAUGAGUGUGUCUGGACCCUUAAAGGCCAGCCUAUUACUGCUGGAGACCGUUUCCAGAUAAGCAGCAAAGGGCGCAAGUAUACAUUAACGAUCAAAGGAGUCUCAGCUUCUGAUUCUGGUGAGGUGGUCUUCUCUCACAAGGACCUGAGCUCAAAAGCAACACUGUCUGUUGAGGGUGAAGCUCCUUUCUUAUCCAAAGAGCUUCAAAAUAUCAGUGCCGAAGUUGGUGAAGAUGCCACAUUCUGCUGUGAGCUCUCUCAAGCUGGACUGAAUGUGAAGUGGUCCAAGGAUGGCAAGUCCAUAAGGAAGAGCCAGAAAUACGAAAUCAACCAGAUGCAGACACUUGUGAAACUAACUGUCCACAAUGUCACUGACAAAGACUCUGGAGAAUACAGCUGUGAAGUUACUGGUGGUCCAACCUCAAAGGCUAAACUGGAGAUCAAAGAACUUGCCAACAGAUUCAUUCGUGUGAUAAAGGAUGCCACUGCGGAAGAGAAAGGUGCUGUCUCCUUUGAAUGUGAGACUGCUCAACCUGCCUCUAAGGUCACCUGGAUGAAAGGUACAAAGGAGAUCAAGGCAGGUGGGAAGUAUGAAUUGACACAGAAGGGAAAUGUCCUCAUCCUCACAGUGAAGGAUCUGGAGAAGAGUGACAGUGAGGUAUACACCUGUGACAUUGGCUCUACGAAGAGUACAGCAAAGUUGAUGGUGAAAGUGGUUCCUGCCAAGUUCAAAGAGCGGCUGAAGAACCAGCAGGUUACAGAGGGAGGGAAAAUCAUACUUUCCUGUGAGAUUUCAAAACCUGGCUACCAGGUGCAAUGGAAGAAGGGAACUGAAAGUCUUAAAUCUGGAGGAAGAUAUCAGAUGACGCAGAAGGACACCACAUUUGAGCUACAUAUCACAGACUUAGUGGCUGAGGAUAGUGGAGAAUAUUCCUGUGAAUUUGGAGACCAGAGGACAACAGCAAACAUUGUUGUCAAUGAAUUACCAGUGGUCUUCAAACGUGAGUUACAGAGCCAAGAUUGUGAAGAAGGAGACAGUGUUACACUGCGCUGUGAACUCUCAAAACCUGUUCCUGUUGUUUGGAAGAAAGGGACACAAGUGAUCCAUUCUGGGGAAAAGUUCCUCAUCAAACAAGAUGGACUAACUGUUGAGCUGAAGAUCACUGAUCUCAAGCCUGAAGAUGCUGGACAAUACACAUGUUUGUGUGGGGACAAAAAGACCUCAGCAAACAUUAAGAUAAAGGCAUUACCACUGAUCUUCAAACGAGAACUGCAGAACCAGGAGUGUGAAGAGGGGGACAGUUUAAGUCUUCAUUGUGAGCUCUCCAAACCUGGAGUUCCAGUGGUUUGGAGGAAAGGAGCACAAGUGAUCCAUUCUGGAGAAAAGUACCACAUUGAGCAAGUUGGAUCUAAUUUAGAGCUGAACAUCACUAAUCUCAAACCUGAAGAUGCUGGAGUCUAUAGCUGAGACUACACAUGUGUAUGUGGGGACAAGAAAACCACAGCCAAUAUGAAGAUUAAGGCUCAUCCAGUUCAGUUUACACAAGAUCUUCUAAACCAAGCAUGUGAUGAAGGCUGCAGUGUUACUCUGCACUGUGAACUCUCGAAACUUGGAGUUCCUGUAGUAUGGAGGAAAGGAACACAAGUGAUCCAUUCUGGAGGAAAGUAUCUCAUCAAGCAAGUUGGGUCUACUGUUGAAUUGAAGAUCACUGAUAUCAAACCUGAAGAUGCUGGAGACUAUGUUUGUGAUUGUGGAGACAACAUCACCACAGCUAAUAUCAAAGUCAAUGCAUUACCAGUGGUCUUCAAACGUAAGUUACAAAACCAGGAGUGUCAAGAGGGGGACAGUGUUACUUUGCACUGUGAACUCUCAAAACCUGGAGUCCCUGUGGUAUGGAGGAAAGGAACUCAGGUGAUCCAUUCUGGAGGAAAGUGUAUCAUUAAGCAAGCUGGAUCUACUGUUGAGCUGAAGAUUACCGAUCUCAAACCUGAAGAUACUGGAGACUAUGUUUGUGAUUGUGGAGACAACAUGACCACAGCCAACAUCAAGGUUAAUGCUCUUCCAGUCAUUUUCACACAAGAGCUUAAGAACCAGACAGCGGUUGAGGGAGGGAGCAUCAUCUUCCAGUGUGAGCUCUCCAAACCAGACAUUCCAGUUAAGUGGCGAAGGGGUGAAAUUGCCCUUUACCCUUGUGCUAAAUAUGAAUUCAAGCAGGAUGGCCACCAAGCCCUACUGGUCAUACAUAAUGUUGACCCCGAAGACUCUGGUGACUACAUUUGUGACAGUGGAGACCGGCAAAGCAUUGCACCUCUUGAAGUUAAGGCACAUCCGAUUCUUUUUAAAACAACUCUGCAAGAUCUGGAAACUGAGGUUGAAGAAAAUGCAGUUUUCCGAUGUGAACUUACCAAACCUGGAGCCAAAAUUAUUUGGAGGAAUGGCAAGACUAUAAUAGAAGCAAGCAGCAAAUACCAGCUCAAACAAGAUGGGACAGUGGCUGAGCUUAUCAUCUACAAGCUGGUAGGAGGAGACUCUGGACAGUACUCCUGUGAGACAGAACAUGAUCGGACAUCUGCCAAACUCACCGUGAAGGAACCUGAAAUCAUGAUCUUAACUGGUUUGAAGAGCUGCAUUGUCAAUGAAGGUGAGGACGUCCAUUUCGAAUGCCUUGUCUCUCAUGACAAUGCACCCAUUGUUCAGUGGACGCUUCAAGACGUCCCACUUCAGAACAAUGAGAUGAAUGAAAUCCAAGCAGAGGGUAAAAGGCACACACUCACACUAAGAAGUGUCACCCAGAAAGACUCGGGCACAGUGUCCUUCCAUGUCGGUGCCCACACUUCUUUCGCUUGUCUUACAGUCAAAGCAAUCCCAGUGCUAUCAUUUGCAAAGGAGUUGACAAGCCAAAAAGUCACAGAGGGGGAAGAUGCUUCAUUAAGUUGCGAGACCUCCAUCCCUGAUGACAAUGUGAUCUGGAAGAAGGGCACACAUGUCCUAUCUAAUGGAAAGAAGUAUUCUAUAAAGAGGGAUGGCACAAUCCAAAUCUUGGUGGUCCAUAAGAUAUCAGUGGAAGAUGGUGGAGAGUACAUAUGUGAAGCAGGAGACAAACAAACCAAAGCCACACUGACCGUCAAAGAAUGUGUAAAAAUCACACGAGAAUUAAAGGAUGUGACUGUGAUAACGGGCGAGGAUGCUAUCUUCCAGUGUGAAGUGUCUUGUACAGGGGUUACAAAUGUCGAGUGGUGGCUCGGCUCCAACCACCUUCAAAACAAUGACUUGAAUCAGAUCAGCUGCCAAGGGAGGGAACAUAGCCUUGUGCUGAAAAUGGUCACACCAGAUGAUUCAGGUGAUGUAGCCUUUGUGGUUGGCCAUGAGAAGAGCAUUGCCUACUUGAUGGUGCAGGAGAAACCGAAAGUCGUAUUUUUAGAGAAGCCUCUGGACAUAACUGCCAAAGAAGGUCAAACAGUGACACUGUCCUGCAUGACUUCCGACCCUGAGGCCUCUGUUGAAUGGUACAGAGAUGAGAAGAUGAUAAAUGCAGGGGGCAGGUAUCUGCUCUACAAGGACAGAGCUGUCCACCAGCUUCGUAUUCUUAGGGUGGAAGAAGGGGAUGCAGGACUUUAUUCAUGCAAAACCAAAGAUGCAGAAAGCUGCGCCACCAUUACUGUAAAAGGGCUACCUGUAUUCUUCUGCAAGGAAUUAGAGAACCAGAAGGCAACUGAGGGAGAUAGUAUCAUCUUGCGCUGUGAGCUCUCUAAGCCAAGUGUAAGUGUAGAGUGGAGAAAGGGUGGAGUGGUGCUCCAACCCAGUAGAAAAUAUGAGAUGAAACAGGAAGGAUGUGUACUGGAGCUCCAUAUUCACGAUUUGGAACCAGAAGACAAUGGCUACUACACGUGUGAUGCUGGAACCCAGUUGACCACAGCAUCAGUCACAGUGCAAGAGACUGAGGUCUUCAUAGUGUUGGGUAUAAAGAACACAGAUGUGUUUGUGGGCGAACAGGCAAUUUUCUCCUGCCAGCUCUCUCGCCGUGCCAAAGGCAGAGUUCAGUGGUGGCUUGAUGGCACUCGUUUGGAAAACAGUACCUUCAGUGAAAUAAGUGUUAAUGAAGAUCACCUCCACACCCUCACCCUAAGGAACCUUUCUCCCAAUGACUCAGGCACAGUCCUGUUUAAAACAGGUGGCCUGACGUCCUCCGCCAAGCUGUUAGUGAAAGAUCCCAAUGUGGAGGUGGUCAGUGCCAUGGAGGACCAACAUGUAGGAGAGAACCAGCCUGCAGAGUUCAUCUGUCAGUAUUCCAGGCCAGUCAAGGCUAUCUGGAAGAAAAACGGCAUACCUGUACAAGCAGAUGGUCGCAGGGUAAUAGUGGAACAGGACUGGACUGUUGCACGGUUGUACAUUAGCUGUGUGGAGCCCCAGGAUGGGGGAACGUACUCCUGUGAGGCAGAAGGAACCUCUGUUGUGGCGCACCUAAGGGUGCAAGCGAAACCCAUUGCCAUUCUCCAAGAGCUAAGUAACGUGGAGACCAUUAAUGGUGGGGAAGCCCUUUUUGAAUGCUCCCUUUCUCGUCCUGAAAUGAAAGACUGCUGCUGGCUAAUCGAUGGCAAGCCUCUGAAGGAGUCUGAAAAUGUGGAGAUAGUUUCCUUUGAGAAUGGCUGGCGGCAUCUUCUGCUUCUAAAGGACUUGCAUCCUUGUGAAAACACAAGGAUUACAUUCCAAGCUGGUACAGCAUCAACUACUGCCCUUCUGUCUGUCAAAGCCUGGCAACUGGAAGUGGUUAAGCCUUUAGAAGACAAGACAGCUAUUGCAGGAGAGCAAGUGGAGUUCACUUGUGUUUUGAAUGAAGCUGUGCCAGAGAGUGAGGUGACAUGGUAUGCCAAUGGUGUUGAACUUCAACGAGAUGACCACUGGGUCAUAAGAACCAGUGGCUCUUCAUACAGCCUCAUCUUGAAGAAAGCCAAAGCUCAGCCCACACAGGAAAUCACUUUUGCAGCUCGGGAUGCCUUAUCAAUGGCCAAACUCAUAACAAUUACUGUGCCAGAUCCCCCAGAAGACCCAGAGGUGGUCAAUAAAGGAACAACGUUUGUCACCCUGUCUUGGUUCACGCCUCUCAAUGAUGGGGGAAGCCCAAUCCUGGGUUACCGUGUGGAGAUGCGUCUAGUGGACAGUAUACUCUGGCUGCCUUGCCACACAGAACCAGUGUGCAAUACUGAAUUUCUGGUGGAGAACCUCAUCCCUGGGGCAGGUUACAGGUUCAGAGUGGCAGCCAUGAACCGAGCUGGCAUUGGAGAGCCUGUCCAGCUUCCUCAAACCGUGACGCUCGAUGCACCAAUGACCGUGACCAAAACCUUAAGCAGCUCUGAGCUCCAAAAAGGAAAGAUGGUGCGUUUGGAAUGUGAGUUUUCUGCCGAGAGUAAAUCAGUCACAUGGUUGAAGGACAACAGAGAGAUAGAAGUUGGGGUCAAGUACCAAGUAGUAACAGAGGGCAAGAGCCAAGUUUUGCUCAUAAAGGAUUUCCAGUCUACAGACCAGGGUGUCUAUUCUUGUGUAGCCUCAGAGAAGGCAGAGACUUCAGUAAGCCUCAAUCUCGAAGGAGAUGGCACAACACUUUCUCAGGACGUGGGCAGCCAACCCAAACUACCUUCUGAGGCUGCCUCUGAAGGAGAUUUACAUGCUCUCUGGGAAGCAGUGGCCAAGAAACGAAGAAUGAGCCGGGAGCCCACAUUAGAUUCGAUCUCAGAGUUGCCAGAAGAAGAUGGAAAAGAGAAGGCACAAAGCUUGGAGGGCAAAGUACCUGAAAAGGAAGUGAAAGAGAAAGAUAGUCUUGUUGAGCCAGUUCCCAAAAUUACAGCAGAGCCAAAUCUAUACACCAGCUCUGAUGAAGAAUCUCUCAGUGGGACAAGUCUGGUGUCUUACCUUAAGAAAAGCAGCAAGUCCUCCCUGACUAUGGAAAGUCAGGCUGAGACCAUCGCCUCCAAGAAACUGUAUGAGCACUUCCAGAUGACUGAGCAGUCAGUUACAAAGAGAGCUGUGGAGCCUCUCAUGGAGGAUAGUAAAGGGGAUGACUUGCUGGAGGCUGCUGUCAAGAUUCAGGCAGUCUUUAAAGGUUAUAAGGCCAGGAAGGAUAUGCGGCCAGUCUUCAAAGAAGUAUUCAAAGAUCAGACUAAGGAGCCCAAUGGGACAAUUCAUCUAGAGUGCAUUGUGGAAGGAAAGCCAGAGAAGGUUCGCUGGCUGAAGGAUGGUGAACCCUUAACAGAUGGCAAGCACCACCAUAUAGACAUCUACAAUGAUGGCACCUGCUCUUUAGUGGUGACUGCUGCAACAAUCAAAGAUACAGGUGUCUAUACUUGUGAGGUCACCAAUAAGUUUGGCGUUACCACUCAUAGUGGGAAAGUCACUGUAGGGUCACUGCGAGAAUCUUCUGGAAGACGACCUCUUACUUUGGGUUACAGUGCAGAUAGUGAAGCUGAGAGUUCCUCGGGAAGUGAGAUGGAUGAGUCCCUGCGACAGGCGAGCAAGAGAUUACGGCGACUUCUGCGUACCCGCCUUCCUCCAGAUCUAGAGGAGGAACCUUUUGUGAGUGCUGAUGAAGGAGAUUUACCACCACCAAAUCUACAGUCAUACCGGGAAGACGAUCUGUAUAUUUACAUUCGCUUUGAUAACCAUGCUGAAGCCCAAGUGGCUUCCCAGCGCUUUCAGGAAAUGUUUACCCAUCAAGGAGUGCCCAUCGAAACUGCCAUCAUAGAAGCAGGUGCUAAGGUAGAACUACGUAUCACAAAGAUGGGCUUUGACCAAGACGGCUCCCAAACCCCAACUCAGGACAGACCGAUGCCUGCUUUCCUGACCGGAGUCCCUGCAGCCCCUGUCUUCCUGACGGAGCUCCGUAGCCAGGACGUUCCUGACGGAUUUCCUGUCAGCUUUGACUGUGUGAUCAUCGGCACGCCCCAUCCCACUGUGCGAUGGUUCAAGGAUGGGAAGCUACUGGAGGAGAAUGACCACUACAUGAUCAAUGAAGACCUAGAGGGCCAUCACCAGUUGAUCAUAACAGCCGUGCUCCCUAUGGAUAUGGGCGUGUACCGAUGCAUGGCUGAAAAUGACAGUGGCAUCGCCUCCAGCAAGGCUGAGCUGAGGGUGGACAUGUCAUGUAGCUCAGACUACGAUACAGCAGCUGAUGCCACAGAGACGUCUUCCUAUGUCAGUGCUAAAGGCUAUGUUUCUAGCUCAGAGCACAGGGACACAGAAGCUUUUGAAUCAGUGGCUGAGGACGAGCAGCUUCCUCAGGUUGUGGAUGAGCUACAUGAUCUUUUCCUUAGUCCUGGAGCACCCAUUGCCAAGAUGAGCGUUAGGGUCAAAGGAUUUCCCACACCAAGGGUUUACUGGUUUAAAGAUGGGACUCCACUUCAAGCAUCCAGCAGACUUUUAUUGAUGACCGAGAGAGAUCAGCACAGUCUUGAGAUUUUGGAAAUUAACCGCGAAGACACCGGAGAGUAUUCAGCGUACAUCAGCAACACUGCUGGCUCUGCCUACUCUUCAGCGCGUCUGAAUGUACUGGGUCCUGGAGAGCGCCCAGUACCUGUAAGGGGAAGAAUUAAAGAUUUAAAGGUGCCACUUGUUCCACCACGCUUCCUGGAGAGGUUCAGCAACAAGAAGGUGAAACAGGGAGCAAGUAUAACGUUAUCAGUCAAAGUGGAAGGUUCCCCAACCCCAUCUGUGAACUGGUUAAAGGAGGUGUCAGAGAAGGAUGUUUUGUGGAUCAAGGCAGACACCCCAGGCUACAAGGUGGCCAGCUCUGGCUGUCAGCAUAGUCUAAUUCUCAUGGAAGUGGGAAAAGAACAUAGCGGCAUGUACACCUGCAUCGCCACUAACCCUGCUGGACAGUCGGUCAACACAGCCCGACUGGACGUGGAGCCUGCACCAGCAGAAAAGGGGAAAAUUGGACCAGAUGUUCUGGGAAUUACUAUCAGCCCACCGGAGGAAGAGGGCAAAGGAGAGAAAAAACGACCUUACUUGGGUGAAGUGGGUACAGAGGAAUUCUUACAAAAGCUCACAACCCAAAUCACGGAAAUGGUAUCUGCAAAGUUCACUCAAGACAGCAUACAGAACCAUCAAGUGCUCCAGUGGAUGAAAUCUUGGCCCAAAGUAACCACUUCAUUACGUGUCCCCGGAGCUGACAGUGAUGAUGAAACAAAAACACCAUCACCAUCUCCGUAUCACGGCAGAUCACGCCCCCCGUCUCUAAUUGUGGAUUCAUCAUCCGAAUCUGAUGAAGGAGAUUCCAGAGGAGAGAUGUUUGAUAUCUACGUCGCGACGGCUGACUACAACCCCAUUGGUGUCAGUAAAGAGGCCAUUGCUCUGAAAGAGGGCCAGUAUGUAGAAGUUCUGGAUUCGGCCCACCCACUUAAAUGGCUGGUCCGCACCAAGCCCACCAAAUCCACACCAUCUCGCCAGGGAUGGGUCUCACCUGCGUAUCUCGAAAAGAGGCUUAAGCUGUCUGCAGAAUCAGCUGAUCUCCCAGAAACCACCAGAGAGGAAGUCACUGAAACAGAGUACAAGAAGAAGCUCUGUCAACUUGUCCAGGAGAUGAUCAGUACAGAGACUGAGUUUCUAAAGGAGAUUGAGUUCUUCACAUCACAUCAUCUGAAACGUGUGGAUGAGGAGAGCGCACCACCUGAUAUUGCCAGCCACAAGGAAGCCAUCUUUCGUAAUAUCAACGAUUUGAAAUCCUUCCACAGCAGCUCUCUACUGCCUGGUCUGCGCGAGUGUGAUACAGAUGAUGAUGUUGCCAUGCAUUUCCUGAGAAAUUCUGAGGGUUUUGAGAAAUAUCUGCAGUACCUCAUUGGACAGGCCCAAGCAGAGUCUGCCAUCAGUGAGAAGGCAGUGCACCAAUAUUUCAAGGAUUAUACAGUCUCUGAGUUGGCAAAUGUUGAUCCCUCAGAAGGUAUUGUGCUGAGUAUUAACGCUUAUCUUCAAAGGCCACUGGAGAGAAUCCAAAAAUACAGGGCAUUACUGAAGGAUAUGAUCCGGAACAAAGCAAGAAACGGUCAGAACUGCUGUUUGUUGGAGCAGGCCUAUGCCAUGGUGUCGUCUCUCUCCCAGCGCUCAGAGAACACACACCACGUGUCUCUCAUUGAGAACUACCCCGCCAAUCUGGAGGCACUGGGAGAAUCUAUUAGACAGGGGCCUUUCACUGUUUGGGAAGGUGCUCCUGGAAUUCGAACCUCUUCUAGAGGUCACCAUCGCCACGUUUUCCUCUUCAAAAAUCAUGUGGUCAUCUGCAAGCAGAAGAGAGACACAAAUACAGAGAGCCAAACAUAUGUCUUCAAGAAUAUGAUGAAGCUCACAAACAUUGAUGUUAAUGAGACAGUUGAGGGAGAUGAGAGAGCGUUUGAGAUCUGGCAUGAACGUGAGGACUCCGUGAGAAAAUACACACUGCAGGCGCGCACUGUUAUCAUUAAGAAUUCAUGGCUCCGUGACCUUCGUGACCUUCAGCAACGCUACAGCAUGCCUGCAUGGAGCCCUCCCGAUUUUGACGCGGUAUUAACAGAUUGUACAGCAGAGCUCGGACAGACAGUUAAACUCGCCUGUAAGGUCACUGGUGCGCCCAAACCUCAGGUCACAUGGUACAAAGAUGGUCGCGCCGUAGAAGUGGAUCCUCAUCAUAUCAUUAUCGAGGACCCAGACGGCUCCUGCACGCUUAUUCUGGACAACAUGAAUGCAGACGACUCAGGCCAGUACAUGUGCUUUGCCACCAGCUCCGCGGGCAAUGCCAGCACACUAGGCAAAAUCACUGUGCAGGUGCCUCCACGCUUUGUAAAUAAGAUCCGGAAUGCCACCCUGUUUCCAGGAGAGGACGCCCAGUUCUCUUGCACCAUUCAAAGUGCACCAAGUCCCAAGAUAAGAUGGUUUAAGGAUGGUAAACUACUGACAGACCAGGAGAAGUAUCAGACAUACAGUGAAUCACGCAGUGGAGUGCUGGUUCUAGUUAUCAAGAAUCCUGGAGAAAGAGACCUGGGGCAGUAUGAUUGUGAGCUGUCGAACCGCCUGGGCAGUGCCAGGUGUGCUGCACAGCUGAUCACUCCUGCUGUGGCGAUGGCGGGAGAACGGAGAGCAGAUCAGGCCAUCACUAUAGAAGUAAUGGAACAAGAGACGAAAGCACCAAGGAAAACCAUAAUUAUUGAGGAGACCAUCACUACAGUGGUGAAGAACACUCGUAUGAAGCGGCAUGCAUCCCCACGAGGGUCCCCCAUGGGAGCUAUUCGCUCUGAGACGUCCACACCUGAACAACCCAGACAGAGACGAACAGUGGCCAGGAAGACUGUACCAACACUGUACGUUCCAGAGCCCGAGGGUGCCACAGCCAGGAACCCUCGAUGGGUUGAAGUCGAGGAGAUAAUCGAGUAUAAAAUGAACAAAUCACCCAAGUUACCAAGGAGAAGGGGCGUUUCACCUGGCAAACUGGCACCACCUGGAAACCCAAACACCAAUAACUCCAACAACAAGUUAGUGGAGACAGCACCCAUGGGUGUGACUUUACAAGCUUCUACUAGUGCAGAUGAAGAGGACACUGCACAGAAUGUAACAUCAGGGGUCGACAACAUGCUGAUAACUGAAGAAAUUAGUGACCCAUGUGUUUCGGUUGACUCGGAUCUAGAUGGUGAUGAAGAAGGAACAAUUAUCGUGGAGUCAGAAGAUGAUGAUUCCGAACUUGGUGCACGAGACUGCAAAAUACUGACCUGUGGAAAUCGAGUUCUCACUCUUGAAGACCUUGAGGAUUAUGUCCCUCAGGAAGGUGAAACUUUUGCAAGCGGCAAAGACCAGCAUGCCACUGUUGAAACACCUUGCGAGAUCUCCGUCUUGCAGAGAGAAAUUAAUCAGCCUGUCAUUGGCAAACCCAUCUUGUUGAAGGUCGGGCGUCCAGUGGCACCCGCAAAACCACGCAUGGGCUUCUUCAGUUCCUUCAAGGAGCAUGUUUCCAGCAUGUUUGCAGCAGGUACCUUGGCAAACACCAGCUCUAGGUCAAGUCGAGAGAAGACCAUACCAAUUCAUGUGACAAGCGAACCUGCGUCCAACCUGGCAUCACACCAUGCCAGAGCCGAAGGGCUCAGCAGCUUUGCCAGGCUUGAGGUACAGCCAACAUAUUGUUCUGAGGUCCAGAGAGGAAAAGAGGGAGGUCUGCAGAGCUUCAAAAUGCAGGUUUCUGCUCAAACUUGCAGCUACAUGCCAAGCGGACAAGUCACUCUUCAGAUCCCAAAGAGGAACCCAUUUGAAAAGCAUUAACCGGGUAGGAAUCCUGCAGAAAUCGCUCAGGAUAGAUUCUUCUCUGUUGCUUGCAAAAUCUGGACAUACAUUUGCCCUAGUCUUAAAUGGGAACACUUCUGUAAAAUCUUUCUUAACUGUCUGGCAGUAUACUUCAAUCACAAGGUCUUCUGCUUCCAGCGGAUCAUUCCAUGUUGAUGCGACUCUUUUUUUCAAAAGAUUCAGUUGCCAAACUCAGUGCCUUUAUAUCCUAUCCAAUGAAGACUUUCUAACUAUUUGAGUUCCUUCAAGCGUGAAAUAAAAUGUGUAGCUGCGCUUGGAAAUGGUGAGCUUUCUGAUACACCAUGUGAAUGUGCAAAUAUAGAGGGUACAGCUGUCUUUUUGUAUAAAGGACAUAUUGUAAGAAACUCCUAAAGCCGGAUACACACUGUUUGAUUUUUAUGUUCCUUUACAAUUGUUAUUUGUCAGAGUCUAUGAUAUGGUCCCAAUGAGAACUUGGAUAAAAGCCAUGGCAAACUGAAAUAUUAUGUCAGACUGUGCGAUACACAUCGUCCCAAUUGACAGCACUGACUGGGUGUUAUACGUCACCUUACUGACUGCUACGCAAAAUAUCUAACACUGCCAGAAUUUCGUCGGAGGCUAAGAUUCUUUGCAUUGGCCGUCGUUGAGCAUGUCACUCUGGGUAAUCAAAGACUGCUGAUUUUGUGCUAUGAUGAAAAAAAAUUUCGAUCCUCAAAAAAUUUCUCAGAUGGCAAAAUCGUACAGUGUGAACCCGGCUUAAAGGGAUAGUUCAACCACAAAUGAAAAUUCUCUCAUCAUUUACUCACCCUCAUGCUAUCCCAGAUGUGUAUGACUUUCUUUCUUCUUCUGAACACAAAUGAAGAUUUUUAGAAGAAUAUUUUAACUCUGUAGGUCCAUACAAUGCAAGUGAAUGGUGACCAGACCUUUGAAGCUCAAAACAAAUCACAUAAAGGCAGCAUAAAAGUAAUCCAUAAGACUCCAGUUGUUUAAUAUAUGUCUUCUGAAGUGAUGCAAUCACAUUGGGUGAGAAACAGAUCAAUAUUUAUGUCUUUUGCUUUUUUUUUACUAUAAAUCUCCACUUUCACAUUCUGAAAAUGAUAGUGGAGAUUUAUAGUGCUGGGCGAUAUGGCUUAAAAAAAUUUAUCUCGAUAUUUUUCAGCCUAUUGACGAUAUUCGAUAUAUAUCUCGAUAAUGAUGUAUUUGCUCUGAAAUGGCUCAAAUGUGAAUUUUUUUUAAAUCAGAAGAACCAUAAUUUCAUGCAAACAGUCAUUGUAGCUAAGUAGAUUCAAUAUUUUAAAGGUAUUAAAUAAAAAUCUAUUUAAAUUUUUUUUUAAAGGGCAUGUUUCCCUUUAGUUUUGCACUAAAUAAACACAAGGGAGAAUGAGGUCUGAUCACUGUCAAUGAUAUGCACUUUUAUAUUUAUAUUUUUAUAUACAAUGAUGUAUAGUAGCUUAAUAAAAAAAACAUUAUUUACCUUCAUAUAUGUUUACUAAAACAUUUUUUUGUAAAUGAGCAAGGUGUGCAAAAACUACCCAACUUAUUUUUUGAAAAUCCGGUUGAAUAUUGCAUGACCCCGUCAAGUUUAUUAUUAUAAUACUGAAUUAUCAUUAAUAUUUUGAGGAUUAGAUUUGUUUUAUUUAAAAGUAAUAUAUUUCUUUCCUAUUUACUUUACUUUCACAUGGAGCUUUUCUUUUGACACCGAAAGUGCAAUGUGUAUUUGCAGUGCUCCGCAUCUGGUGAAGUGCUGUUGUCUACUCGUUUUCUGUUAUACUGUGCCACCUUUGUAGAUUUGUAUAAUAAUUUGUAGAAGUUACAAAAGUUUGGAAAUGCGUGAAUGCUUGAACAUUCAGUACUUUAUAUCUUUCACAAUGACCUGCUGUACAAGCGCCAAAAACACACAUGAAUCCCACAUGUGCACAGAACACCCCGUCACCCAUUCUGAAGCGCACACAGACUAUUAUCGCAGCUCAGUGCAAUUUUAUAAUCACAUAUGACCAUAUUGCCAUUUUGGUGUUAUUUUGAUUAAUAAUAUUGCUUAAUUAUAUAUCGUCAGCCAAAUUAUCGUGAUUAUAUUGUGAAUAUUCAAUAUAAUCACCCAGCCCUAGAGAUUUAUAGUAAAAAAGGAAUUAAAUAUUGAUCUGUUUCUCAACCACACCUAUCAUAUUACUUCAGAAGACAUGGAUUAAACCACUGGAGUCAUGUGGAUUACUUCAAUGCUGCCUUUAUGUGAUUUUUGGAGCUUCAAAUUUCUAGCCACCAUUCACUUGUACUGUAUGGGCCUACAAAGCUGAGAUAAAAAUCUUCGUUUGUGUUCUGCACAAGAAAGAAUGUCAUACACAGCUGGAAUGGUGUGAGGGUGAGUAAAUGAUGAUAGGUAAACUAUCACUUUAAGAACCCAAUCUUUGUAUGUUAAGUCUAAAGGACUGCCUGAGUCAGUGUAACUAGUUUGGACUCCACAAUAAUACUGUGGUAUAUCUGGAUGUUAUUUCUGUGCUGUAUGGAAUUAGCGUACCUCAGCAAUAUAUAUACAAUUUGAGAGUAUUUUUUCGACUAUAUAUGAACUCAACUUUGUCGUGUUUAAUGCACAUAAACCAAGAAGUUGAUUGCUGCGAGCUGUUGUUUGGUGUAAUACACUGUGGAUUGUUUAAUAUAAGGUCUGUUGUUGACAGUGUGCCAAAUACCGAGAGCUUGGACACAUCAUCUUGCACUGAAGACAUGAUUCAACAAGCGCUCAGUAUUUUAGUUUUAAUCGAAGCACGUGUUUUAAUGUGAAUGUAUUGGGUUUUGUAGUCUGACAAAGAAUAUUUGCAGGAGAUCCAUUUAAGAACCAUGUAACACAAGAUCUUUUACGACUUUAGAAAGUUUAUUUUGAAAAGUAUUUCUUGUGCAACAUGACUUUAGGCACGUAGUAUUUACAAGUUUAAAAAGGUUUUGGAGAUGUAGUUUACUGGAGUAAUAACUAAUAUAUUGUAAACAUGUUUGAAUUUGAGAUACAAAUACAAAUUUUGUGUCAACCAAAAUUUGAGUGUGUAACAAUUUAUAUAUUGUUUUGGUAAAAGCUAAAUGAAUUAAGACCGCCAAGGGUGUUCAGCUGAAAAGGGGAAAAAAGCUUCAUUUAAUAGAAAUAAAAUGUAUGUCUUGGUAGAGAUUAGCACUUGAAGUUCUGAUGUUGUUGAUAUAUGAAACAUGUGCACAAUAAAUCAGUUUAAAUUUA